AUGAAUGGAGGAGGAUUUCCAUCGAAUUUGCCAAUUCUAGAUGGGAAGAACUGGGAGAGGUGGUCUGCAUCAAUGAGAUCGUUGCUGGGAUCUCAAGAAGUGUUUGAGAUUGUUCAAGAUGGUUAUGAACAACUUGCAGCGAAUCCUACAGAAAGACAACAAACAACUUUCAAAGAUUGCAAGAAAAGAGAUUGCAAGGCAUUGUUUUACAUUCAACAGAGUGUGGAUUCAAACAACUUUGAUAGGAUCUCGAAGGCAGCUACAUCAAAGGAGGCAUGGGAGAUCUUGGUCAAGUACUAUACAGGUAGGGAAAAGGCCAAGAAAAUGAAGCUCCAAAUGCUAAGAAGGCAAUACAAAUUAUUGCAGAUGGAAGAAGAUGAAGUUGUGGCAGAUUACUUCAAUCGUAUCCUUAGAACAUUAACACAAAGGUACGAUCACAUAGUGGUGGCAAUUGAAGAAUCAAAGGAUCUUGAUAAGAUGAAGGUGGAGGAUUUGCAAGGCUCUCUUGAAGCUCAUAAACUGAGAGUAAGAGAAAGGUGUGCAGCAACCUCAACAUCUCAAGUACAGGCCCUACAGGCCCAAGAAUGUAGAUCCAAGAAGGUUGAAAGAGAGGAUGAUGAAGCACAAAUGGCAGCUGAGGAUUCAGACUCAGAUGAGAUGUUGUUGAUGGCUACAACAAAAUCAGAUGAUGACUGUCCAGAGCAGUGGUACCUUGACACGGGUUGUUCAAAUCAUAUGACUGAUCAUAAAGAAUGGUUUGUAAGCAUUGAUGAUAAGGUGAAAAGGGAGAUCGGAUUUGCAGAUAACAGUUCGGUAAAGGCAGAAGGAAUAGGCAAAGUAUUGAUUCAAAGAAGAGAUGGCAAUCAAUCAUUCAUAUGCGAUGUGUUGUAUGUGCCAAACAUGAAGAAUAAUCUGUUAAGCCUUGGACAGCUGCUUGAAAAGGGGUAUUCUAUGAAGAUGGAGCAGGGUAAAUGA